AUGGAAAUCAAAGGAGCCAUUCGUCAAUCCGAAGAUCGCAGUGAUCUUGUCCAACAUGUGAACAAAAUGAAGAUCUCGUGCAUCUUGAACGACCAGGGCAACGAUCGGAACAACGAUGGUCCUAGCUCGCCAACUUCCACAGACAUGAGGCACGCGUACAUUCUUCAGAGCGAAGACAAUGGUAGUCCUAAUCCACCACCUUGCUCAUAUUCACCGUCGCCGAAGACAGACGACGGCGCGACAAGCCAGAAUACUCGCCGCAAAAUCAAACACAGAAUCAUCCGCCGAAAAGCGCAAAAGAAAUACGGCGACGAGAGAGCGUACUGGAUCUGGUACAAUCGCAUCGAUCUAGAUCGGCCAUGGGAUAUUCUGACCGACGAUUAUUGUCACGUGUGGAAUGAAAAAAGGGGAAAGGGAGGCCUUCAAUGCAAGUUUUACCGCUUGCUCGGUGAACACCAGAUUCUCAAGGUUAGGGAACAAAUGGCGAAGAAGAGGAAAGGAUAUCCUGUUGAAAGGUUCGGUAUGGUUGAAAGGACCAAUCUCAGAUUCCCCUGGAUGCUCGACCGACACCGUCAACAACCACCUUCAACCAGGUUUCUCCUGCGGUCGAUGUUGUGA